AUUGCCUGUUGUCGGCUUCCGCGGAUCAGACGGCACGUAUCUGGGAUGUUCACAAUCAGAUCGUGCAGCACAUCGAGAUGCUGCCGCAUCCUUCGUAUGUUUAUUGCGCCAAGUACGGUCCCGACAAUGCGACGAUCAUAGCAACUGGAUGUUACGAUCGAGUAGUUCGCAUCUGGGCGAACGACAGGAGGUCAAGGAAGCGAGAACUGAAUCAGGAAUUAGAAGGUCACGAGGGUUUCGUCAAUUCCAUGGUCUUUCAGAAGAAUGGUAAUUUGAUUACCGCCGACAGCGUAGGACUGAUAAUCCUUUGGACGUUCCGCAGAGAUAAUAGGAUGCCGUCAAAGAGGAUGGGAUGCAUCUCAAGGAAGAUAAAAAUUCGCGAGAUCGAAGGUGUCAUUAUCAACACGAUCGUUCUGCAUCCCCUCGAAUCCAGGCUCCUUGUGCAUUCGAGAGACAACGGCCUGCGAAUGCUGGACCUUGCGACCGGAGUGGUGUUACAAAAGUAUAAACGAUUGAACAAUCAAAGGCACGUUGGACGAAUACUAUGCAUUCUUCGUACUCGCGUUUUCAAGCAUCGCGACUAACUUUCUUUAUAUAUCCUGUACAACAUACGAGGACAAUUUAGCAUUAUCGAAUCUCUUUUCUUUCUCUGUCACGCUCUGCCUACUUUCCUUAACUUCUUGGUAUUUUUUGGCAUAUUAAUUUCUUUC